ACUAGUAGUCAGACAGCUCCUGCCUCACACAGCACAAGUCUACAGACCCCCAGACACUGCACCAUGGCUCCAUGCAGUGUGAGGACCCUGGAUCAUCAGGCUGGUGGCCAACUCAGAAAGCUGAGGAAACCGGUGAUCGAGAAGAUGAGGAGAGACCGGAUUAACAGCAGCAUUGAGCAGCUGCACAUCUUACUGGAGAAGGAGUUCCAGAGACAUCAGCUACCCUCCAAACCUGAGAAAGCCGAUAUCCUGGAGAUGACGGUCACCUUCCUGCAGCGCCACAUGGCGGAGAGAAAUGUCACAGCCUCCAGCCAGGCCCAGAGAGAAGGCUUCUCCACCUGCGUCCAGGACUCCAUCACCUUCCUGUCCCAGCACAAACAGACCGAGCUCCAGAUCCAGCUGCUGCAGAACCUCCCUGGGGCUCACACUAUGACAUACGGGGCUGUAUCUCCUCCUGUAUCCUCCAUCCACCAGACCCCCAGCAAACACAGCCCCCUGGACAGCAGCAAAGCCUUAUGGAGACCCUGGUAG